AUGAAACUUGCGAAACCCACAUCCGCCAGCGCUGUGAUGCUCCUCUUCUUCCUGGCCAACAUUCCCGUCCGCCCGGCGCCAUUGGGGGGCUGGGGGUCCAUGUCUAGACAGGCAGCGCUUCUUUUCAAUCGGCCACAGCAGGAUAGGUUAGGUUUGGCUGAGGAAUACGCAAUAACGGUUGAGAACGGGGUGGCGCAGGUUAUCUUCACCUAUGCCACCUAUGGAAACCUCGAGGAGUGGAGUGAUCCCCUGACCUACGAAGCAUUGAUUGCUGGUCGCAACCACGAAGCCCGGCCGGUCGGGCAGGCUGUCGAGUUGAGCUGUUCGAGCAAGAUGAAGUCAGAAAAACAUGCAGUGACCAUGGAGUCACGGCAGGAAUCAAAGUGCCAUGGGUGGGCUUUAACGCCCCUGGCAGACACCAGCACUUCGGACGCGCCCUGCUUCUCCGUGCUAGGCAGCGAGUCGUUUCCACAAACACCCGGGAGUGCAUCCUUUGGGGUCUGGAAGCGCAAUACGAAGAAGCAGCUGCCCGCACGCGUGCGGCAUGAGGUCGCUUCCCAGCGUCAGAUGGCGGAGCUCCUAGAGAAGAUCAUCUUGGAAGCACACUUCCAGGAUGCAGGUAGUCUCAAGACGGAGAAAAAGGAGCGCCAGCUGAAGCCUCCGCACCGGGAGCCGUGGCCGUCUCCAGAAGACUUGAACAAUCAGGGGGAGACCCGGAAAUCUGCCAUCGACGUCCUACUCGAGCAGAGUCAGCUCUAUGGUGAGAGUGUGCAAGAGGCGGCCCGCACCAUCAAGCCGCCUGUCUCGCAGCCUGUGCUGACUGGCGAUGAGGACGCUUCAGCAGUUUCCGCCACUGCAUCGAAACAGAGGCCCGGGAUGUCCAGGCCCGCGACGGCGGAUGAACAUUCCGAGACCAGCAGCAACCAUGGAAGCGUCCCGCGAAGGCUCCUGCUGGAGAGAGAGGAAGCCAGCCGCUCGCCCAGCAGGUCCACGUCCAAGCGAGUACCUUCGAAGAAGCCUGGUGUGCCGAGGGCCCCAUCGAAGAAAAAGCCCUUCACUGGCUGGUCACACCUUCGCCUGGCAGCUACAGCAUUGCAGCCGUUCGGAGGUCUGGGUGGGGCUUUGAAGAAGGUCUCGGGAAAAGACAAGGACGACCAUCAGGAUGAGGAUGGCAGCAAGCACGAAGAUGAGCAGGAGGAGGGUAAGGCGGAGGAAGCAUCUGAGGCAGUGCGAACUCCGACCCCGAUCAAAGCCACGAUGUUCGACACCUGUUUCGCGCUGUCUAAGCAGUAUUUCGUGCCGAUAGACGAGGUCAAGAAAUGCUUGGAAGAGUUCAAGCAGAUUAACACAAGUGGUGACAUGCUCAUUUCGGAAGCGGAGUUCGAGGUCUCCACGCGGCAAAACUUGAACUGGCCGGAAGACCAGGAUCUUCCAGCAAACUUGGCGCGGAAGAUCAAGAAGUACUUCCAGGACAUGGACAAGGAUCGCAAUGAAGUCAUCGACUUUGAGGAGUACUUCGACUGGUCAAUGAAGCACCGGUGGAGCGAGGAGUUCCUGGCAUUGGACGACAAGGACAUGGAGAACAGGAAUUUCCGCCACCGUUUGUGUCAGAUGUGGGCAUCAAUGUGCUCGUUGGGUGCGGCGCAUGUCGAGAGGGGCAUGAUCAGCACGAACUACACCGCCGACAUGAUCCAACCGGAGGAGACUCCAGUGAAGCCCAAGGAGGUGACGCCCACGCUGGUGGCGGUGAACCCUCGCCGCUCCCGGGCCGAGCCGAUCUCACGGCGGACGCCUCGGCGCUCACCGCGCCCCCGCACGGUGCAGCACGUCAUCACGCCUCCCCGGCUGGGCCAUAGCAUUGUGAUCGACAAGACUGGCAUGUUG